AUGUUCCAGCGUUACUUCGGCCUCUACCCCAUUGCUCAGCGCAUAGAGGACAAGAAGCGUGGCGUCGGCGUGCAGAGGUAUCCGAUUGCAUGUGCGCUGGGUGCUUCCGCGACAAUGCUCGGCAUCCUCAUUUACGAGCUGGUGUUGAACAACAAGGCCCAAGGGACCCGUUCUCGACCUUCGAGUUCCGCUCUCAUCACCCUUGGGGCUCGUUUCCCUCCAUGCAUGAAGAACGUCACCGAUUUCCCUCCAACAACCAUCGUUGCCUGCUUGAACAACACCGCCAACCCGGUCACGGAGAAGUGUUCACUGGAGGAUGUCUGUGCUUUCGGCGGAUGGCAAGGCGAGACACCCGAUCAAUCGUUCAGAUUCGUGACCCCCAUCUUCCUUCACGCGGGGCUGAUUCACUACCUCCUCAACAUGCUCGCACAGCUCACAUUAUCCGCACAAGUCGAGCGUGAAAUGGGCACUCUUCCUUUCUUGGUUCUUUAUACGGCGGCGGGCAUUUUCGGAAACAUUCUUGGAGGCAACUUCGCGUUGGUCGGCUCACCUUCCGUCGGAGCCAGUGGUGCCAUCUUUGGCACGGUCGCAGUCGCAUGGGUGGACCUGUUCGCGCACUGGAGAUACCAAUAUCAGCCCGCGAAGAAACUGGUGUUCAUGAUCAUCGAGUUGAUCAUCGGUAUCGCCAUUGGUUUCAUCCCAUACGUCGACAACUUCGCCCACCUUGGCGGUCUGCUCAUGGGCUUGCUCGUGGGGAUGGCGCUGUACCCCAUCAUCAGCCCUUCCACCCGCCACCGCUCCAUUGUGAUCGCGCUGCGCAUCCUCUCCCUGCCGCUCAUCGUUGCGCUCUUCAUCGUCCUUAUACGCAACUUCUACACCACCGACCCUAACCAGGCCUGCUCAUGGUGCCGCUACCUCUCCUGCAUACCGUCAUCUCUCAACAACCACUGCAAGGGAACCGGUGAGUAG